UUUUUAAAAAAAAAAAAAAACGUAAGGAACAAGAGACUAGUUGGUGCCGAAAUUGAACCCUCCAAGUUUUCCGGCACUUGAUUUCUCUCCGAUUAUUCAUAAAACUAAGAAAAUCCGCUCCUUCCGACGAAAUCUCCGGCGAUCACCAUAUCUUCCUAAUCGUUUUCCUUUUGUUUCAACACUUAGUUGACUUCACCUUUUUCUUAAUCCUAGGGUUUUGAAAUGUGUAGGUGAUUAGCUAGAUUGUCAAUUUUCCGAUGUCGAACGCCGGUGAAGAAGAUAACGACGAUGUAUUGAGCGACGUAGAGGCCGAUGAUCCGGUACCUAUUGAUAUAAUUAAUUCUUCCUCACCAGAAGAUGUCUCAAUUGAGAAAUUCCGUGAGAUUCUCGCCGAGCUGGAUCGGGAGCGGCAAGCUCGAUUAGCCGCUGAGGAUUCUAAAUCGCAGUUGCAAGUUUCGUUCAAUAGAUUGAGAGUUCUCGCUCAUGAUGCGAUCAAAAAGCGGGAUGAGCACUCGAGACAACGCGAUGAAGCAUUGCGGGAAAAGGAAGAAGCUUCGACAACAGCUGAAAAGGUAACCGAGGAAUUGAAGGAAGUAACUAAGCAGAGAGAUGAAUUGUGUAAGGAGUUAGAGGAAGUGAAAAAGGCAAAAGAUUCGAUGAGAACUGAGAUGGAAACUUCAGGUUCAAUGUUAGUUAGUGGAAUUGAUAAGAUAUCUGGAAAAGUUAGUCAAUUUAAGAAUUUUGUAGCUGGUGGAUUACCUAGGUCACAGAAAUACACAGGAUUACCAGCAGUGGCUUAUGGGGUGAUCAAAAGGACGAACGACAUUGUAGAGGAGUUAUUGAGACAGAUUGAAUCAACAGCAAAGUCAAGAAAUGAAGCCCGUGAACAAAUGGACCAUAGGAAUUAUGAAAUUGCAAUUGAAGUUUCACAGUUAGAGUCAACGAUUAGUGGUUUGAGAGAUGAGGUUGCAAAGAAAGCUUCUGUUGUUGAGAGUUUAGAGAAAUGCAUAGGUGAAAAAGAUGAGAAAUUGUCUGAAUUAGAUCAAGAGAUGUGUGAAAAGCAAAAGACUUUGGAGAGUGAAGUGGGUGAAUUGAGAGAUUUGGUUAAGGAAUAUGAAGGUAAGUUGAGCAGUUCAGAAUCAAAGCUGGAAAUGCAAAGAUCAUUACUUGCUGAGCAAUUGAAAUAUGUUACAAAAAUACACGAACAGAUUUAUAAUGCUGUUAAGGUUGUUGAUCCCAGAAAGGCAUCUGAGUUGUCGGAAUCCUUGUUUCUUGCUCAAGAGAUGGACAUGGAAGAGAAUAUAAGGGCAGUUUUAGCAGGAUUGGAAUCUAUAUAUGAAAUGAGUGAAUUUGUUCUGCAGAAAACAAGGGAUUUGCUAGAGGAGAAGAGCCAUGAAGUGAAAAGCCUAAAUGAGUCUGUUUCUCAGUUAGUAAAAGAAAAAGAACAAAUUGGGUCUUUACUUAGAAGUGCUCUUUCAAAGAGAAUUUCAGUGGAUUUGUCAUCCAAAACAAAUGAAUUGUUUAAGAUAGCAGAAAAUGGAUUGAGAGAAGCUGGGAUAAAUUACAAGUUCAACAAUUACGUUGGUGAUGGUAAGAUCACUGCUUCUGAUAAUAAAAUGCAUGCAGCAAAUACUGAAGAGGAUGAAGUAUAUGCUUUGGCUGGUGCAUUAGAGAAUAUAAUUAAGCAGUCUCAGGUUGAGAUCAUUGACCUUAAACAUACUGUUGAAGAGCUAAGGGAAGAGUCAAGUUUACUCAAGGAACAUGUGGAAACUCAAGCAAAGGAACUCAGUCAAUGGAAGCAACGUGUGGAGGAACUUGAAGAGAAGGAGAGGGUGGCAAAUGAAAAUGUUGAAGGGCUUAUGCUGGACAUCACUGCUGCUGAAGAAGAAAUUACACGAUGGAAAGUAGCUGCACAGCAAGAAGCUGCUGCAGGUAAAGCUGUUGAGCAAGAGUGUGCAGCGCAGUUGGUUGCUGUACGGCAGGAGCUUGAGGCAGCAAAGGAGGCUGUACUAGAGUCCGGAAAGAAGCUAAAAUUCAAAGAAGAAACAGCUGAUGCAGCCAUGGCUGCAAGGGAUGCGGCUGAGAAAUCAUUGAGACUGGCAGAUUUAAGAGCAUCGAGGCUGAGGGAUAAAGUGGAAGAGCUCACCCGUCAGCUUGAAGAGCUAGAUGGCAGGGAAACAUCAACAACUGGUCUAAACAGGCCAAGAUACAUGUGCUGGCCAUGGCAAUGGCUUGGCUUAGAUUCCGUAGGUAUGAGACGUGUAGAGACACAACAAGAGGGUGCCAAUGAAAUGGAACUUUCUGAACCUCUUCUUUGACAUCCUCCUCUUCUCUUUUGUUUUGAUAAUAAUAGUAAUCUCCGCCCCGGCAUUUUUUGUUUCUUCUUUUCUUGUAAUUCAUUUUUAUAUUAUUUCCUCUGCAUUCCACCCGCUGUAUAUUUUUUGUGAUCUUUGUAAGAAAAGUAAUUGGACAAACGAUAUAGAACAUUGAUUGUGCAAAGUUAAAUAAGGCUUCUUGGCUUGUACACAAGUAAACCUGGCUCUGUUGAGAGGCCUUUUUUAGUUAUGAGCAUGAGCGUUUGGUAUU